AUGGACGGCACGCUCAAGCCCGACAGCCUUCCCUUCGGACCCAACUUGUCCAGCGCGCAGCAUCCCGGCGAGUGGAACUUGAACCUUUCCUUCCCCUCCGGCUGGGCUACUCCCGGGCAGCCCGCGCGGACCAUCUCGGCGGGCGCGAUCAUGUUGCUGGCACUGGUGGGCAACGGUCUGCUCUUGCACCAUCUCCGCUGCGGGGGGUGUUGCUGCUGCGGGGGCCGCUUCGGACGGCGGCGCAAGAUGGAUUUCCUCUUGGCGCACUUGGCCGUAGCCGAUCUCUACGGCUGCGGACUGGCGCUGCUCUCCCAGCUUCCUUCAGCCGAGGGAGCAGAGGCGGGGUACGCGGGGUGGCCGGCAGGGGACGCCACCUGUCGCCUGCUCCGGCUCCUGCAAGGCUCGGGGCUGCUAGCGCCCUCGCACAUGCUGGUGCUUAUCGCGCUGGAACGACACCACUUGGUGAGGGGACCGCUGCACCCGCUGCCCUCUUUCAUGCCAGCCCGGGGUGCCCUGGCCGCGCUGGGCUGGCUGUUGGCGCUGCUGCUCGCCCUACCUCAAGCCUUCGUGUACAGGCUGAGCCCGCCGCAGCCCGGAGGCCGCUGCCUCAGCGUCUUCGGGCAGCGGCCCCGCUGGCACAGCCAAGCCUACGCCGUGUACGGGGCCCUCACGGGCUUCGUGGCCCCCGCCUGCUUGUUGGGCGGGACCUGCGGCCGCAUCCUCUACGCGCUCAGCGCCUCGCGCACCCAAGAGGAGGAGCCGUCGCGGGGGUCGGCGGGAGCAACUGCGCCCCGAAGUCUGCCCCGCGCGCGAGCCCGGGCACUGCAGCUGACACUGGCGCUGGCCACGCUGUUCGCGCUCUGUGGAUUCCCGCGCUUCCUUCUGGAGCUCGGCUUGGCGUUUGCUUCUCCUGCGAGUACAGACGACGAAGCCCGGACGACCCUGGGCAGCAUCAUGGCGGCCACUAACAGUGCCCUCAACCCCUACGUGUGCCUCUUAUUCCAUAGCCACCGGUCGUGGGCGCGGCGCCUCCAGCGCAGUCUCUGCCGCUGCCCAGACGGACAGCCCCGACGGCGAGCUCGCCAUCGGCACGGCCCGCCGCCACAGGCAGCCGCCGAGCGCACGGCGCUCUGGCUCUGCCCCUGCCAAAGCAAGGCAUCCAACGUCUCCACGGCGGCCCAGCGAGAGGAGAUUGAGAGCCGGACUGCCCCGCCUGCGUGCGAGAGCGGAUUCUAA